AUGAGGUGCUGGACCUGUUUAUUUACAGACAAUCUGCAGUGGAAUGACGAUUCGAAUAUCAACGUCCUCUUGGCUGUACAAGUAAGCUUCUUUGACUCUGAUGGGAUGGCAGUUGGCAUCUGCAUGUCACAUAAGAUAGCUGAUACCUCCACCAUGAUCAACUUCAUUAACGACUGGGCAGCGGUGGCCCGUAAUAACAAAAAAUGUGAUCAAUAUGUACCAUCUCCUGAGUUCAUCUCAGCAACUGUCUUUCCCCGAUGUGAUCUGCCACUGUCGCCAGAAGCCAUGAUUGAGAAAAGCAAUUGUGUGACCAAAAGAUUUGUCUUUGAUGCAACAAAGAUUGCUGCCCUCAAAGCCAUAGUCACGGAAAAAUUGCAAAACCCCACAAGAGUUGAGGCUGUGACUGCUUUUAUACAUAGCCGUGCCAUUUCUGCAUUGAGAUCAACUUCCGGGUCGUCCUCAAACCCAACCACUUUCAUCCAGACAGUGAACCUCCGCGCUAGAAUGGUCCCUCCAUUGCCACAAAGCUCCGCAGGCAGCAUGAUUUGGUUCUUUACCGUGUCCACAGCUGAGGACAGUGUGGUUGAGUUGCAUGAUCUCGUGGGUCAAAUGAAGCAGAGAAAGACCAAGCUUUGUGACACGUAUGUCAGAAAGUUUCGUGCAAAAGAUCAAUGGCCUUCCUCUUUAAAGAGUGUAUCCAAGAAUCAAGGAAACCAUUUUCUAAAGGGAAUUUGCUGUGCCAUGAAGAAUGCUGUCUUCAUGAUUGAUACAAGGGAUGGCGAAGGGAUUGAAGCUUAUGUUGAACUUGGAAAGCAGGAAUUGGAUGUGUUUGAGCGUGAUGCCGAUCGUGUCUUGUGCCUUUCUUGGCUUUCUCGCUUCUUUUGA